AUGGACCAACAAAAACAAGUCAUUGAAAUUGAUUCUGACAAUGAGUCUGUUGGUAGUUGUCAUCACGAAAGUGAUGAUUCUGAAGUUGAGAUUGUAGGGGUUCAACAACUUAACCCACAAGAAGAAAUUGAGAGACAAAUAAGGAUGAGUGGACAAACACGAUACUUUAUUCCUGUUAGUGCACUUAAUGAUUUAGGUACUAACACUAUAACACCUGGUAUUUAUUAUAAUGAUGGAUUCGACACAGAAACAAGUGAAGAAUUAUUUGAUGAAGACUCAGAUGAUUUUCAAGAAAAUAAUUUCAAUAGAAUAACAUAUUUUCCUUCAAUUGGCCUUGUUACUAACCAACCACAAAGAAACUUAUUUUAUAAUUUUCUUAAUAGAUCAUAUGCAGAACGUUCACACCGUAUCAAUUCACGUCAAGUUAGUGAAAUUCCUGAUUGGAUGAAAUCACCUAAAAAAGAAGCUAAACCUCAAGAAAAAAAAGAGAAAGGAGUUGCUGAAGAAGAUGGAUUAAAAUGUGGAAUAUGCUGGGACACAAGCAGUGAUGUUGUAUCCACUGCUUGUGGACAUAUUUUUUGUAGAAGUUGUAUGUGUGAAUUAUUCAAAAAUAAAGAAACAGUAGAAUGUCCAUUUUGUAGAACCCAACUUACAAAGAAAGAUGUUCAUAGGCUUUUUUUAAAUCAUUAA